GCCCCAUUCAUUUCUUGAACACCAUUGAUCCAGCCAAAAGCACGCUACUUGGAGUAAGGAAAUUUCCAUUGAUUCUCCCAUGCUAUAAACAUCAAGUUUCUCAACCAACUUGUUUUCCACUUUUAUGAGUUUACUGAAUGCUGAUUGGGUGAGGGUAUAGACGGAGAAAGUGAGGCAUCGUCAUCAUGACGAUCCACAUACCUGGCCUCAUCGCUAUUAUCCUCUUCUAUGCGCUUAUCCUUGGGGUAGGAUUAUGGGCCGCCGGCAAGUCCAAACAGUCGGGUGCCACAGCCGACAGCGAGGAUGUGAUGUUAGCGGGGCGGAAUAUAGGUGUACUAGUCGGAAUAUUUACUAUGACAGCCACAUGGGUUGGAGGGGCGUACAUCAAUGGUACAGCUGAGAUCAUCGUCAGGGAUGGGCUGGUUUGGUGUCAAGCACCCUUUGGAUAUGCCCUCAGUCUCAUCUUUGGCGGAUUAUUCUUCGCCAACAAGAUGCGAUCAGAGGGCUAUGUGACCAUGCUGGAUCCUUUCCAGUACAAAUAUGGGGAGAGGAUGGGAGGGCUGUUGUACCUCCCAGCCCUGCUGGGAGAAGUCUUCUGGACAGCUGCUAUCCUCUCAGCCCUGGGUGCCACUCUGUCCGUAAUCGUGGACCUGGACACAACGACGGCCAUCAUCGUGUCGUCUUGUAUCGCCCUCUUUUACACUCUCAUAGGGGGUUUGUACUCUGUAGCGUACACUGAUGUCGUACAGCUCUUCUGCAUUUUCCUGGGAUUGUGGAUCAGCAUUCCAUUUGCAAUGACCAAUGAAGCUGUACACCCAAUCACUGUGAAUGCUACAGAGAACUGGAUCAACUCUCUGGAACCCAAGAGUACUGGGAUGUACAUUGACAGUAUGCUGCUUCUCAUUUUUGGAGGCAUUCCAUGGCAGGUAUACUUCCAGCGAGUGUUGUCCUCCAAGUCAGCCUUCAACGCCCAGAUCUUGUCCUACAUAGCUGCUUUUGGCUGUGUCAUCAUGGCCCUCCCAGCUGUGCUGUUUGGGGCAGUUGCAGCUUCUACAGACUGGAACCGUACAUCCUACGAUGGCCCUAUUCCUAUCCCAUCUGAAAAGCUAAACUUGAUCCUCCCAAUGUGCCUGCAGUUCCUGUGCCCGGACUUUGUGUCAUUUGUGGGCCUGGGUGCUGUGUCUGCUGCCGUCAUGUCCUCAGCAGACUCCUCCAUCUUGUCAGCCAGCUCCAUGUUCUCCCGCAACAUCUACAAGUGUAUCUUCCGACAGAAGGCUUCUGAAAAAGAGAUCUUGUGGGUGAUGAGAUUGGCCAUCUUUGGCGUGGGAGUCUUGUCCACAGUGAUGGCCAUCCUGGUCACCUCUAUCUAUGAACUGUGGUACCUCUGUGCUGACCUUGUCUACGUUGUUCUCUUCCCUCAACUCAUCUGCGUCAUAUACGUCAAAUUCAGCAACACAUAUGGCUCCCUCGCUGGCUAUAUCCUCGGACUGUUCUUCCGUCUUGCUGGGGGCGAAACAGCCAUUGGUGUACAGCCAUUGAUCAAAUAUCCUGGCUUUGACUACGAGGAAAAUGCACAACUGUUCCCCUUCAAGACUCUAUCCAUGCUAAUUACCUUAAUUACAAUAGUGUCUGUUUCAUACCCUCUCAAGUAUGCAUUUGAGACUGGCAUCUUCCCACGAAGAUACGAUGUAUUCAUGUGUAUUGUUAAUAUACCUGAUGAAAGUAUUGCCCUAGCAGCCCGAGAUGGUCCCGGUGAAAUGACAUCAAUCAUAGACUCUUACAAAGACAUCAAUGGCAAAAUUAACCCGGCCCUAAAAUUCUCUCAAGAUGAUCUUAUAGGUGAAGUGAAUGCUUCUGAUGUGAUUCAUCCACCCCCGGAGAAGCUGGCACAGUAAUAUGGUAGGACAAUGUGUACUCGGAUAUCUUGAGCAAUGCGAACAUCAUUAUGUAGUUAAUCAGAUACCGGGUAAAACUAUAUCUUACCCAAAUACGUGGACACUAAAUGAUUCUGUUAUGUGAUUGACAUUGGAGUUUGGGUAUCUAAGUACAGUAAUCUUAUAUCCUGUGUCAGUAGUAAUGCUGAAAACUAGAUUAGAUUGUCCGACACAGUGCUGUCAAGGUGAUCACAGCAUAUAUUGGUCAGCCGCUGGGACUCAAGGGAGACAACACAUGUUAUGUUUCUGCAUUGAAGGCACUGGAGUGACUUGUAGCCAAUGUAAAUAUGAAACAUCAAUGCCAGAGGGUAACCAGUCUCAGUUAUCUACCAGAACAGAUUCCACUGGGGGUAGAAUCCAAAGUAUUGGUGAAAAUCAUAUGAAUGAUGAUUUACGGGAACCUGGAAUACAGAUCUAGUUGGCCCCAUAAAUGGGAUGAUGAUGCUGUGAAAGCGUAAGACGAAUCUACUGUAUUGUAUCAUCAAUCCUGAGACCUGUGAUGGUGCUUCUAAAUGGAAUAUGUUGUUAUCAAAGGAUUAUUGACACUUAAGGUUGAGGUACAACCCCACAAUGUACUACAUUGGGAAUUGUUCAUGUGAAGGUGUCUCAAUAAAUGUGAGGAACUUCACAUGCUCUAAAACACAUCUCACAUGUAAGGAUGAAUCAGAUCAUAGAUUCUCUACGGAAUAUGUAUGUAACAUUUUUGAUGUGAUGUUGUGUGAAGUCACAGCUACUCUACAGAAUAGCACAUGGUAAUGUGAUGGUCUUCAAGGUACACAUGUGAAGGAACCACAAGAGCUAUUUUUUCCAAAGUGUCAAGGUACCAUAUUUUCUCUUUGACAUGGAAUUUGAUGAUACUGCAAUAUCUAGGUGCUUCUGGGAAUUUAGUUGGACAGGAGCCUCUACUGUUUUUGUGCAGGCAUUAUGGAGGUACCACAAGGUCAAAUAUUCUUCAAAGUGUGUGAUAGUACCACAGGAUCAAAGUUCCAUCAAAGAAACAGGAGGUACCACUAGAUAAACGUUUCUUCAGGAAAACUGGAGGUACCACAAGAUCAAAGUUCCAUCAAAGAAACAGGAGGUACCACUAGAUAAAGGUUUCUUCAGGAAAACUGGAGGUACCAUAAGAUCAAAGUUUCAUCAAGAAAAACAGAUGUACCACAAGAUCAACGUUUCUUACAGGAAACUUGAGGAAAAAGAAAGUUCCUUAAAAGAACACUACAAGAAAGGUUUCUUCAAAGGACAUGAAGGUUUAAGAUAAAUUUCUUCGUAGAAUAUGGAGGAACAACAUGAUAGCUCUCACGGAACAAUCAGGAUCAAGACAUACGAUGUUCCUUUAAGAUAAUACGGAUCAUACAUUCCAGAUCACUGAACCUCCUUUUCCUCACAGAUGAGGCUGACUGUUGCAGACGAGAUUUUCCAUUUUCUACAAUUGUCAGCAAAAUGUAGUCAGUUCUGUGUUAAAUAUGCAAGUUAACACGCUUCUGUCGCCAGUUGGAUGAUGUGAUGCUGGCAUUAAACUGCCGACAUAGUCCGAGAUACACACCUAACCAUUAGUACUAGAAUACAAUAGAAUGCUUUUCACCAAUGUCAUAACUUGUACAGAUGACAACUACAGUUGAUGCAGUGAUAUAAACAGAUAUAGAUUCCAUGUAUUUUUCACGCUAUGUAAAAUGCACAUGUGCGAGAGUUAGCGACAUAUAGUUGCAUUUAGAUUUGCUAAUAGAUAUAUUCUGAAUGUUUGUGUGUGCAAACAGAGUAUGCUUGUACAGGGUAUAUCCAUUGUUACAGCACACUUAACUGAUUGUAGAGUGCAUAUAUGUUGUUUUGGUGAUUAACAUGACUGUAGCUGACAAUCAGGAUGACUGUCCUUUAGUCUAAACACAUGCAUCUAUGGUGAAAUGUUGCAGCUAGAGCAUUUACUUGUCAUUUCAUAACUGAAUUAUUUCUUUCAAAUUUUAUAAACAUUUAUCAAGAUCUGAUACACAAUAACAAGUAGUAUUUGGGUAGACUCAUCUUUGACAGCUUAUGAGCUUACUGCUAAGUAUCAUAUUAUACAUUUAGCUGUGUUUUAUGUCCCUUGUGUGUGGAUUUAGACUAACGGCGGCCAAGGGGUCCAUUUCAAAAAGCGAUCAUAUCGCUAUGACUGUUGUAAGUCUAUGGGAGUUACGAUCAAGUUAGCACUACGAUCACGUUAAACGGGGCCCUGUACGUGUGAAUUGUCCUUUGUUGUCACAACAUAAAGCAUAAAGAGUUAACAUGUUUAGCUUGAGCAUUCAUAGAUUGUGGAACAAUUUGUAAAUGCAUUUUCGAUUUUUUGUAAUGUUUCAUAAAAUGGCCACAAAAAUUACAUUCUGGUUAUUUGGGCAUGAGGCAAACAAUCAUGUUGUACAGGUUUAUAUCUCAUUCCGUGCAUUUGAGAUUGACUUGUGUACAAAAAUACAUCUUUUUUCUGAUUUCAAGUUAAGCUCAGAUUUCAUUGUGUCAGUACACAAGUAUUAUUAUAAGAAUGUUCUGUCCUCGAGAGGUGAUACUGGGACCAAGCUAAGCUAAUCAGAAAAGCUUCUGGACAUGAUGACAAUGUGUUGAGGCAGUUCUAUAUUCUGUCUGUAUUCUGAAGUCUUGCCCAUGACAAUGACAAUACAAAUGUUCAAUAUACUUGAUGCAACCUUAACUAGCUGGUUAUAGUGAAUACAAUGGCACUGUGCUGUUCGUCUCCACUUAGUGGGGCAAGCUAAUGCUAAGAUGCAUGGUAUACAGUUAGAUUGCUGCCACACAUAUUCCUUUCUCCUAAACCUCUCUCUCAUGGGCACUCACUGUCCUGAGUUGCAUGCCUUCAGCAUGCUUGGAGCCUAUGAUGAUGGGUUCGAAUCCUGCUUCACCCCAUUCUGAUCUAGGUUUGCCUCCACCAUGUCCAGCAUGUGGGUUUCGCAAAGUGAUACGUCCGAGACCUGCGUCACUUUGAUCUUUCUUCUCACAUUAAGCUGACACACCGGGAUAUUAGGGCUACAACAAUUCAACCAGACCUCGAUUCGAUUCAAUUUUUGAUAUUGGACACUUGAUUCGAUCAAUUUUUAUUUGAUUCUUCAUGCAUGUAAAAAUAUCAGAUUUCAUUUAACUCUCAGACUCAGCUUUUUUAGCGUGAAAUCCAUCGUCAACUUGGCUGUGUAGAAAUAAUUUAAGUAGGUAUUCAAAUAUCGAAUCAAAAUAGUUAAAAUGCUUUUUGAAAAUCGAAACUUAAGGUGUCAGAUUCGAUUUUCAAUGAAUCAAACUGAAUUGUUGCAGCCCUACAUGAUAUAACUAGAAAACUAAAGAAUUAUGACUUUAUGGAUAACAACUUCUUGUUUAUUGCAUAGAUUGACUUUUCGGUGUAGAUUCUUACGCCGUUAUCUAGCUAAAAGUGUCUAUAAUGUCUUCUGAAACUGAGUGUCUCUCUCAGACUGAGCCCUGAAGAGGACUUUCACACUCAAUAAUUACAAACUGAUACACAGUAGAAUAAAUGUUGCAUCCGAGGAGAAUCUUGUUUUAGUUUCCAAACAAUGUAUCUUUGCAUAUUGUCACCUAACUGUAUAGCAUGAAUGGACAUAUCAUUAACCAUGGUGCAAACUCUAUAACGAUAAACAGUGUAUAAAGCAAUAUUCCUGUAGUUAUGUCUAGAGUAUUGACUUUUCAUUCCAGCCUAUUGUGAAUGCUUAACACUCGAGAGUUGUAUGUUCAUUCAGAAAGAUUUGUUAAGUCCUCCCAUUUCCCACUUUGUCAAAGUCAUAGCCUAAUGUUGUAUCAUCGUGCCACUGUAUGUAUAAUCAUUAAAGUAAAGGUGCAGGCAUUGAUUUGUCUGUGUAGAAUCAGUCCACGCCCUCAUUAUUACCUCACAAAUAUACAAGUAUGGAUCGCUCAGGUCCAAACUAUGGUAUUUUUCCUGGUCAUGGCAUCCUUUAGUUUUCCAUUGAAGCAAAAACAAGAAACAUGACAUCAAUAUUUUCCUCUUCAUUUUUUUUUCCAAUCAGUUGAGUUGAUCCUGGUGAUAUCUACAUGCUAAUGAAUUGUAAUUAAUCAGGAUACAGGAAGUUUUCUCUUGAAGAAUCAAUUUUCAUCAAUAUCACAAAUUAGGGAACAACAUUUACAUCCCACGCUUUUCUGAAGUACAAUGUCAUGAAAACAACUCAUGAAAAGCUGUCCUCAUUAAGUUAGGCCUCUAGUCUAUAAAAGGUAAAUUUAAGAGGAUAUUUCAAAAAUUAAAAACAAAAAGCAUUCAUUGGAAAAUACAAGAUUGACAAUAUAGUUAUUAUGUAAGUAUUGACCUGGUCCAGAGUCAACCUUUAAUCAUUGUCUCUUAUGCAUCACCCACUUAUGUAAGUGUUAUUAGCUUGAAAGUUGGGAGGUAAACAGAGGUAGGCUUCUGAUCCAACAAGUACCAAUGUUGAUAAAUUAACUGAGCAUUUUUUCAUUUGCAAAGGGAAUCAGGGAGGGUAACCAAAAUUUAUAAAUCUCAAGACAAGGAUAACAAAAAAAUGAAACAGAUAUUUGGGGAGGGUUAUGAAAAGAGACAAACAUUUUAAAAUAGACUAUAAAAUGCUUUUGCAAUUUGUUUUUACAUGGAGGAUCAUGAAAAAUAUCUACAAGGAUAUGUGGAAGGUCACAUUACCUACCAUAUGACAAACCUGAGGGGAGGGUAAAUAUUUUCAAUACAUCAGAAAACCUCUGACCCACCUCCCUGUAUGUAAUAAAUGACCAUUCCCACAGUUUCAUAAAUUUUUCCACUCAUGCAAAAAACAAAACAAAAUGCCAAGGAAACCAUGAUCCAAGAAAUAAAAGGAUACAGCCAUGUCAUUCCAAAACAGACCUUUUCCAGAUUCUCAAAUAUACUGAGGGUAAUAAAUAAGGGGACACAUGAAAGAUCAAGUGCUCCUAUGUUUUCUUCCAGGUUUCUUGUCAAGCUUUCAAUUGAACUGUGGGUGAAAAUCUGAGAAAAAAACAGGAACACUGUGAUCAGGUGAUGUUCCCUUAUUUCUUUCCCUUAGUAUAGUUUCAAGAUGGCACAUUGCAGAGAAGCGUUAAACAGUAUAUUUCAUCUUAGUAAAGUCUGCUAGUUCUGGAAUGUUGUCUGGGUGAUAUGCCUCGUGAGGGAGAUAUAGCCUUGUAUUUAAUUCAUCCAGUCUAAAACAGAUAUCAGUCUACCAUUUCAUAUUUGUUUUCCGUGUUGGGACUGAUUUUAUUGGUGUGAUCAUUGUUGACCUACACUCCAUGUGAUUUCUUUUGUAAAUGGAAUGUACAUUUUACGAGUCUAUUUUAGCAAGAAUUUUAGAAUAAUAUUUACAUGUAUAUGUGAAAUGAAAGAAUAGUAUUCAAAUGUGAAUUGUUAUUUUUACGUGAACCGGUUGUUAUACAAGGAUGUUGUCUGUUGUUACAAGCUGUGUGUUGAAGUUGAAUUUAUCAUACUCAUUCUGUUUGUAGACAGCCUUCACUGGUGCUGUGUUGGAUUUCAAAGCUAUAUGGGCCAAGCUGGGCAGAUAUAUAUUUCAUAUGUGAAACAGGGAUAUUGUCUGGGUGUAAUAAGAAAAACUGUAACUACUAGAUCAUUUAAUGUCAGGAAAUAUAAGUAGGCAAACUAAUACAUUUCAUAACAUAUGUUCAUUUGGAAUUACACUUCUGAGUAAAGUACUGAUUCUAGUACUUUUUUUUAGGGUAGGGUAACAUCCGGGAUUCAAACCCACACUCUUCAGAGUUAACCACCUAAUCACCAGCAACCUAAUCACAAUAUCUGAUAAAAGUUGUUUUAGGAGUUGAAUCAAACUUGCUGGGGUUGUUAUUUUCCCAGGGCUUAGUCCCCGUUUAACACUGGUGAAUGUGUGCCAUCAGGCUGUAUGAAGCUGGAUGAAAGUAGAGAUGAGACCACAGUAUGGUAUCUAUCACAAUGAAAAGGAUAUUUGAUGAGAGAAUUGUUUGUACAGUGAAGCCCUAUGGUAAUAUUGAUGGGUUUAAACGCUGCGGUCCUACUAUCUCACAGCAUUAGUGGUUCUUACUUGUAAACAAGGCUUAGAGAGGAAUAGAAAUAUUGUAAUCUGUAGUAAUGGUUUUGCGAAUAAGUUUAAUUUUUGAAGAAAGCUGCUAGAUUGUCACAUAUAUUGUUAAGUUUAUCUAGCACAUGUUACUACACAGGCUUGAAAUUGCAUUUGCAAUAUAGAUCAUAUAUGUUGUGCGGUUAUAGUUUCUGAAUGUCAGAUUCAUUAAUAAUAAUAAUAAUAGUGCCUAUUUAUAGUGCGCACAAAUCCACGCUCGUAAGCAUGCUCAUGGCGCUACAAUUAAAACAAUAUGUACAGUAAGAGUGAACUGUUUAUGAGUCAUAGAACUGAAUGAAAAGGUGCGUUUUGAGGUGGCUUUUAAAGGAGUCCAGAGUUGGUGCGAGCUUCAGGUCAAAGGGUAAAGAGUUCCACAAGACCGCGGCAGUGUGUGAGAAGGAUCUGUGACCGAAGGUCUUAAGCUUGUAGGGAGGUACUGUCAGGAGAUUCUGCUGUUGUGACCGCAGUUCACGGGCUGGAACAUACAGAGUUAUGAGUUCAGAUAUGUAAGGAGGAGACUGACCAUGAAGUGAUUUAUAUGUGAGACAAAGUAUCUUGAACUGUAUUCUGGCCCUGUUUAAGCACCGGCGUGAUGUGAGUCUGGUUAGAAGAACGGUUUAUUAUCCUUGCGGCAGUAUUUUGGACCUUCUGUAGCUUGUCCAGUAGAAAAUCACUGAGGCCAGAGUAGAGGCUGUUGCAGUAGUCCAGUCUACUGAGAAUAAGGGACAGUUUAUAUAAUUUUGAAAUCAACCAGUGCACGUAUGAUCAGUAUAAAAUGCACAACAGGAACUCAAAUGCUGCCUUUCUUUAUCUAUGUGUGCAAGUUGUGAUCGUGGCUUUUGUGGAAUAUUUUUGUAGUAUAUGCAUAACCAUAUUUACUGAUUGAAGUCUUAAGUGUUGAGGCCUGAAGACUGUUGAACAUCUGAGGGUCUGUAUAUGCUGAAUGCUACUGGGAGAUAGUUCUUAUCUUGGACUAGCCAAGAGGCAAGCAGAAUGAGUAUCAUAAACACACUGCAUAUAUAUGUAAAGUCAUCAAGUGAUUUUAUCAAUGUUUCACGAUUAUCAUGCCUGUGAUAUCAACAUAGUAUACAAGAAUGAUAGUGUAAUAUUAUGAAGGCUACAAUUGCGUAUUUUCAUUAGAUUUUUGCAGUAUCAUUAUCUAGAAAGACAACUCCAUGAUAUGUAGAUUUACAGGUGUUAAACAUCAGUUCCAGCCAUUGGUCAUCAAUUUCAACAAAGAUGUCUUCUGGACAGUAGUAAGGUGACACUAACUUUUACCAUGCUCAAUGUCAUAUCGGUGGAUUAGAUUUAAUACUGAUAUAUAAUCCAUAAACAAAAACAUUUAAAUUAAUGCCCCCUCAUGUGUUGCAGAGAUGAGUCGAGGGCUAAAGAUUUGAGGACACAUUUUGUUAUUACAUGUCUUACUAUCAGGAGAAAGGGAACUUACGUUAUAAGAUGUUAACCUUUGAUCAAAAUUCCACUGGGCAAUACACACAUAAAAUUCAAUAAUAAGCAUAUGUUUUGUCAUUUUGUCAAACAAAGAGUAAUUAUCUUUCAAUUAUUUUUUAUGGGGAGAGGGGGUUGGGGAUAUCUGCCAAUGUAUACUAUCCAUCAAAAGUUUAGACUCACUAGUGUAAAUAUAGCCACUUACUCCAGUCAACUGUUCUAAACUAGCUUUUGCAAAAUAUUCCAUACUGUUAAGGGUGCUGUUUACACAUGAACUGAUGUAUUGUAAAACAAAUUCAUUCGUAACAUUGAAAAGAUUAUUGUAAUGAGUUCAAAAAGUGAUUAAACUUGUGAAAAUUGGUGAAUUCUUAACAAAAGUUAACACCAAAACGCAGUUGUUCACAUGCACAAUAUAAGUUGAUGCAUGAUACUCGUGCAAUUCACCUGCAUAAGGUUUGCAAUUGGUCCCCCCAGUGGAGAAAUUCAUCUUCAAUGUAACCAUAUAUGAUUGCAUAACAUAUAGUGAGGGCUUUAAAUGAGUCUAAACUUUUGAUGGGUAGUAUAGGAUCUGGUUUACUGAAGUCCAGGAAGUGAUACUGCAUCAAUCAAAUCAUCCUAGUGUUAGUGGAACUAGAUGAGUAGAUGUGCUGUUUGUGAGUGUAACAUAAAGAGGUAGUCCUAUAAUACACUUGAUGUUGACAACAUUCACUGGUAUAGAUGGAUUCCUCCACAUGUUCAUCAACACUUGGGUGAAACUGACUGAGCGGUUUGAGUUUCGUCGGUAUGUAUUUCAAUCUGAAGCUGAUUUCUUUAAAUCACUCAGACUGAAAUAGUCACAUAGUAUUGGACUGUUGUUUGAUGAUUUCUAUCAAGAACAAAUGUGAACGUAUAACUUGAGCUCCACUCCACAAAAUGUGUUGAGUAAAUGAACGUGUGUGUUUCCUGCGGCAAGUUUGUAAUGAUAUCAGCAUAAAUGUUCCACUAAACUUGAGACAUGGAACCCAGGGAAUUUGAAUGAUGCAAUGCAAGAGAAAGAUUUGUCUCCAGCAAGUGUUCAAGUGUCAAGGUUCAGCUCUAUCUAUCCUACCAUGGUAAACGACUGCACAUUUUCCAAAACUCUAUUGAGAAUUAUAUUUAUGUAUAACUGAACUUUGAGAAAGAUCAAGAAUGAGAUCAUUUUGAAUAAACAUGACAUGGAGUUUCUAAAAUAUGAAAGAAUACUAAAAAGCUGUUUUAAGUGAUACAACAGAUGGUAGGUAGAGACAAACUUUGACACUAAGUGUUAUCAAGCGAGCACAUGGUGCAGUGCAUGUUUUGCCAUGUAUAUUGUGUAUAUAUUCAGAGCUUUAUCAAACAUUCAUCAGACAGUAGUGACAAAGAUAAUCAAAAAUACAAUAAAAAGAUGGCAUGUGA